UCAAAGUCAGGGGGGUACUUAGUAUUUUGAUAAAGACAAUUUUCAUUUUCCAAAACAUUCAAAAUGAAAAAGUAGAAAAGGUCUAUUGAAUUGUAUUUUCAGACCAGUCCCAGACCCUCAAAAGGACCGACAUUUUUGUAAACACUACGCUCAAGUGUAUGAAAAUGACAUUUAGUGUUGAAAUUACAUGUUUAUGAACUGUCGUCUUCAUGCAUUAGAGAAUUUUCUAUUAAGGCCUAUGACAGUAGUAUGUAGUUUAUAAAUCUUCUAUUCUCAUUGAGAACUAUCUUUUACGUUUUAACAAAAUGUUUAAAACCUCAGUCUGUAUUAAAACCAGGUAAUAAUCGACUACAAGUAACGGUAUAAGUUAGAGGAAUAUAUAAAUAAUAGAUUUCAAUAUUGUUUACCAAGUAGUUUGCGCUUUUUGGGUAAGUGCGAUUGAAUAUUAAAAUCUCUCCUAUUGCCAUAUAUUAUUUAAAUACUAGCCGGGUCUUCUAAACGCAAGAAGUGCACUGCUAUCUUCAAAUAACCUUUUCCUUCAUUCUAUUUACAGGCAAAAUGUGGCAAAUAUUACCUGUUUUACUUUAUCUAUCGAGCGUCCAAGCAUUAUACAGAGUCAAUAGCAAUAACCCCUAUCCGUUCUUUAACGAAGACCAAGGAAACCUUCCACCUCUAAACAAGCAUCCUAUAGGUACAACCUACUUUUCAUUUCCUAAAUUUACAGCAGGACCCAUGCCUAGUGCGAAUAAAAAACCCAAUCAGCAAUACAGCGUCAGUUCGAGAUUUGCUGACGAUAGCUAUUUGUCUCAUAAGGCCCCUCCUCAAUUAAAUCCGUUUCUGCUUAGGAAUUUUAUUUUCCACCAUAGCCAAGGUUCGCCAAGAAAUCUUAAUAAAAGUUACGACAAUAAUCCAUUCGAUACAGACUACAGCUCCUUCAAUGGGGGAUCUUCCUUGGCAUUUACUGACAACGAUCCAGUAAUUGAACCGAAGGAAUCGGAGUCAUAUGCCGAGGAUCUUGAACUGGUUGACAAUUUCGGGAAUUAUUUGAGGAAACGCACGCUACUCGAUUCCCUAUCUGCAGGCAACCCUAAUGAUGCUGCUCACCAAUAUAAUGCCCUUCUAGCUGUUCUGAUGGCGUUGGCACGAGCUGUCAGGAAUUCAUGCGCUGAUUUCGAACAGGUCUAUGACGGAUUGUACUACGAUACCGUCGAAACUUACUAUAAAUAUGGUCUGGCUAACGCAGACAAAGUCGCGGGAAUGAUUGAAGAGUAUAUUAGGAAAGGUAACUCGCAUAUUCCCAAACUAAGAAGACUGAAACAAGAAAUAUGUGACAAGGAAAUAUUCUGUUCCGUGAGUUUGGACAAUCACAUUAAGAGUUCGCCAUUAAUGUAUGUGAAGGAGUUAGAAACAUUGGAAGCUUUAGCCCACCUCGCCCGAAACUACUAUCCUUAUAUAGAAGAGUUCAACCAGGCCGCGCAGAAGGGCAACGUCCUGGGCUACUUACAACGAAGCAAAGACCGUCUGAAGGAGUACAUCAUGCACAUCAUAAAUAGUGUUGAGCACAUCAGCGAUAGACAGGUGAUAUGCAACUAAUUAUGGCAGCAAUACAUUGGAUUGCAGAUUGGAUAUUGUUUUAUUUGAAAAUUUACUUUAUUUUUGGUCUUGAUACUCUCAGAUAUCAUGACGAACUACACUGCCAGUGUGUGAAUAGGGUAUUUUUUUAUGAAAUCAAUAAAAAAUUAGACGAUAAGCCGCCUAAAUGGUGAUGCACAUGGUAGUGGGGGAUGAUAGCGUUAAUUGACAUUAAAAUAAAAACUCACUGGUCUUUACCGAAAGUGACGUCACUAGAGACAUCACUUACUGUGUUUGCAUAUCUAUAUGAAGUACUAAUAAGUUAAAUACCUAAUUGAAGAAAUUAACAAGGUUGUUGGACAUUCAAUUACAACCAUCAACACCAAGGAAUCAACAGUAGAUCUACGACUUGCAUGUAAAGGCUAAAUAAUAAUAAGAAAAAAACCAGUUAUACAGCACACAAUCAAACAUUUAAUUCUAAAAUACAUAUUAAAAAUUAACAACAUAAAAUGGAUCACGUCAGUCUAUACAUGUUUAAUAUAUUAUUCACUCUAUUUUUAUAUAAAUAACUCUUUUCUAUAAAUAGUAGACGACUACGAAUGCUUAAGAUACUAGUAUAAAUAUACAAGGAAUUUCACAAGAAUGUUCAGAAAACAGUUUAGUUAGAAAAAUCGGAUAUUUGUUAACUAUUAACUUUGAUAUUAUAAAUAACUGUUGUUUACAUGAUGACGCAUUAAUAAUAUGUAUUUCGUGUGUAGUACGAGAGAUAAAAACGAUUUAAAUGCUUUCAGUUAAAACUUAAGAUUUUAAGGAAUGUUUGAAAACUACAAUAUUUACUUGACACGUUUUUGUCUCUUAUACUACAAAACAUGUAUUUUAAAUUGUCAAUUACAAGUCCUAAAAAAGUUUUUUGGCAAGUAAAAUUGACAAUUUAUU